CCCCCCGGCCUGGCCGCCCGUACGCUGGCCAUAAUAACGCGCUGCCCUCGGGUUUUUUCUUCUCCAGCUUGGUUCUCUUUCUAUUCCCCACGAAAACGUAUCUGGAGGUUGCCCUUAUCAACUUGAGCGCAGCUCUCGGCUUUGUCGUUCUCUUUCGUCUCCCUAAUACCGCUUCACUCGUUCAGCGGGCACUCAUUAAGACAACCUAAUUCAGAAAUCCUUAGACCUUAUUAUUCGGCAGCCAUGAGGGGCUUCACCGUCGCCGCCGCUCUUGCGGCGCUGGCCAACGGCGCCACGGCCCAUCGCGCCCAUCGCCACGCCCAUGACCUUUUCGAGAAGCGUGGCUUCAACGACACCGGUGUCUGCAUGAAUGAGUGCAAGACCUACUACACCACCAUCUACGGCGAGCCGACCCUGGUCCCGGAGAAGCCCGCGCCCGCUUCCUCGACCGCUGUCACACCGGUUGCCGUCCCGGCCACCACCUCGGCCCCGGUUGUUCCUCCCAAGACCACCGGACCCCCGAAUGUCCCCACGCCGAUCCAGGAGCUCUGCCCUACGCCCGGCACCUACACUUUCCCGGCGAAGACCCUGACUUUGACCGAGACCACCACGGUCUGCGGUGCUCAGGUCACCAAGGUUCCUUCGGGCACCCACACCAUGGGUGGUGUCACCACCGUUGUGACUACCGCCACCACUGUGGUCUGCCCCGUUGCCACCGCGGAGCCUCUCCCCAAUGGCGAUGUCACCAGCAUUAUCAAGAUGACCACCUAUGUCUGCCCUACCGCGGGCACGUACACCAUUGGUCCCCACACCACCACUGUGACCAAGGAGAAGGAGAUCCUGGUGCCCACUGUCACGGUCUACCCCCCUGGUACUUACACCGCGCCCCAGGUCGUCACCACCGUGACCGAGACCAGCGUGGUUGUUGUGUGCCCCUUCACCUCCCCCGCUCCGGCCCCUCCCGCCGCGCCCACCACCGCUGCCGCUCCGGCCCCUCCUGCUCCCACCCAGGAGGCUCCCAAGCCCGCCGAGACCCCCAAGCAGCAGCAGCCCGAGCAGUCCAAGCCCCAGCCCAGCACCCCGGCUACCAGCCCCAACCCUCCCAAGCUGGGCGGUGGCAACCAGUGGGCCAUGACCUACACCCCCUACGGUCCGGGUGGCUUCUGCAAGGACGCCGCUGCUGUUGAUGCCGACAUCAAGCAGAUCAAGGAUGGUGGCUUUAACUCCAUCCGCGUCUACUCGACCGACUGCGAUACCCUCCCCAACGUCGGUGCCGCCUGCAAGAAGUACGGUGUCAAGAUGAUCAUUGGUGUCUUUGUCGGUGCCCCUGGCUGCGACAAUGGCAACCCCCACGUCGCCGACCAGAUCGCCACCAUUGAGAAGUGGGGCAUGUGGGAUCUCGUCGAGAUGGCUGUUGUUGGUAACGAGGCUCUGUUCAACGGCUUCUGCACGCCCGACCAGCUCGUCACCCUCAUCACCAAGGUCAAGACUAUGCUCCGCAGUCACGGCUGCAACGCCCCCGUCACCACCACCGACACCGUCAGCGGCUGGCAGGCACCGGGCGUCGCGGAGAAGGUCUGCGGCGCUAUCGAUGUCGUCGGUGCCAACAUCCACGCCUACUUCAACGGCAACGUCCAGCCCCUUGAUGCCGGUGCCUUUGUCAAGAGCCAGAUGCAGAUCGUCGAGUCGCUUUGCGGUGGCAAGGCCGGCUACAUCAUGGAGUCGGGUUGGCCCAGUGCUGGCAAGUGCAUCCAGAACUCUUGCCCCGGAAAGGAUGCCCAGGCUACCGCCAUCAAGUCGAUCCAGGGAGCCGUCGGUGGCCAGACCGUCUUCUUCAGCUUCACUGAUGAUGACUGGAAGGCGCCCGGCGAGUGCAACUGCGAGAGGAGCUGGGGUUGCGGCAGCCUUUUUGUUUAAAGUGGAUGGCAUAACCCAGAGAGACUAUCCGUCUGCUCGCCCCCACCAAAUGUGACGUUAUCAUGUGAAUAAACGCGUUUGUGUGGAGGGGACGGAUGCUUAAUGUUUUGUUUUUCCUUCCAUUCCCUUUGUCGUUAUUGAUCUACCGGACAAAUAUCAUGAGGAUUCUACUGCAUCACGUUCCUGCGAGACCUUGUCCGUCCCAGGCGAGGCCAGAGUGGAAGGGAACAAAAAGAUAAACAAAAAGCUCUUGUGUUUGCCUCUCCAAAGCUUGACGAAUUGCUUCACAUUUUGUCUAGGAGGAACGACAGCCAUGAGCGUGCAUGGUCAUGAGACGAGGUUGCUACGGUUUUUGUAAUUCUGCGUUGCUUUGGAUUUUGUUGAUCCAGGGUUUGUCGAGUUUCCCGUAUUGAAUUCGGAUACCACUUUGUUUUUGCUCAUUCAGCCCAACUGUGAAGCUCGGAGAAGACUGUUGACCGAAGCUGCUCCUAUGAAG